AUGGAUAACCGCUUCCGCUGGGUGCAGGAUCUGCUGCGUCGUUUGCUCGGCGUGAACGAACCACGUUACAUCGAAACGGUCCUGAAUGAGGUCGGCGACGAGCUGGUGGCAUUCUUCGACGAAAACAUCACCGACCGGCGGUUGGAUCAUCGAAGGAUUUUUAUCACUUACCGAACCUUUUACGAUCGGAUGGUGGAGGAAGCGGUAGUGGCCAUGGAACCAGCAGCAGCUCCGACGACCGUGGAACCGGAACUCGUCCAGAAGGAGAAAAAAGGAAAGAAGAGUAGGGGAAAGAAGAAAGCAAAACCGAAGAAGACUAAGAAAGAUAAUGCUGACCAAGAUCACGGUCCGGAAACUGCCCUCGGAGCGGGUGCUUCCGGCGAUAAUGAGCUCAUUGAAGUGACGAAAAUGGUAUCGACAUCAAUUAAGACGCCCAUUGUGCAUAUUUGCUUCGGGCUUAUUCCGGAGGACAAGAUGGAUCCGGAUAUUCGCUAUGUCUACGUGAUUCGACGUUACAGUACUCCUAUUCCGAACUUCCGUACGUUCGAGGAAUAUUGUGCGGAAAUGCCACGCUAUGUGCUAGUGGGUUGCGUCAAAGGAUCCUUGGUUCACAACCUCAAAGACUUGUUGGUGCGAGUUUUUAAGCCGGCAGUAGAACUGCAGUUCCGAGAGCCGAACGUGGAACGCCCGAAACCGGAAAAGGAAGAAACGGAAGAAGACUUAGCUCGCUCGACAAGUCGAGCCAGUAUUGCAUUGAUAGAUUACUCGAAGCCGUCGGACUUUCGGAUGAAAGCGAUCCAAGCUCAGAAGGUGGCACAGCGCGCUUUCGGGGAUGAUUCGCAAAUCGAAAUAGGAAGCGGUCAGUCCCUAAGCGAGACUCCCAGUAGUGAAUCGAACCUCACCCAAACGAAACUGUCGGAAGCGACGAUCGAAAGCGAAACGAUAGUUAAGGAGACAUCAUCGGAAAAGUGGAGUAAUCUGCUGGAAUAUGCCGAUAUGAAAAUUGAAUCUGAUCGAGAGAAACAACGAAACGUACCCGUUAGACAUGGUCCGAUGAAAGAAAAUCUGAUCCAAAACUUGAAUACUUUCACCGAAGUGCUUGACUGGGCGAUAGAUCAUGUGCAGUACGAUUUUGGAAUGCCAACGCAAUACAAUGCGCCUGGCCAGGAGUACAUCACGGUUGACGAGGACAAGUUUAAAAUCAAGGUCGACAUCACCAAAACAACAAUCGAAGAGCUGACCACCCUGCAGCUAGAGGAAAUUGUCGAAGGUUGGUCGCUCUACAUUCGCAAGGUCCUGCGUGAAUCAAUGGAACGGGAACCGGAGGAAAACACUCCGAUGGGAGAGUACAACCUAUGGCUAACGCGUGAGCUCGAGUACAACUCUAUCGUCGAGCAAUUAAAAUCGCCGUUCGUUGUUCAGGUGUUCGAUGCUCUGAAGGAUAACCAAAGUACCGUAAUGCAAGCUUGGCCGACACUGUUUAACAACCUGAAGGAAACCCUUUCGCUGGCCCGGGACAAUGUCGAACAUUUGGCAAUGGUGCAAAAGUACCUGCUGAAAAUCAAAACCGAAGAGGACUUCAACUUCAUCCUGUCCAUAAUACCGAACGUAACGAUCAUACUGCGCCACAUUUGGACCAUGUCGAACUACUACAGCAAGGACCAGAACAUGCUGAUCCUGCUCGGCCAGAUAUCGCACGUGUUUGCAGAGAAAGUUAAAAUACUAAUUAAUGUUGAUACCAUUUUCAAACAUUCGGCAAGCUACGUUUACCGCUGCGCAACCAACUGCGCUGGUAUGCUGCGGGCUUGGAAGCACUCAUACAUGGAAACGCGAGCUUUGAUCGAAAAAUCUGGCAUAGGUUCCCGCUGGGAAUUCGAUCGUAACAUAUUGUUUCGCGAUGUGGACCAUAUGACGCGAAUCAGUCAGGAUGUUGCCAACGUGGCCAAAGUAUUUAUCGAGUUUGAGAAUAUGUUUGACCACAACCUAAAAACUAUGAUCAGCGAUCCGGAACCGGUAGACAAUAUUUUAACAAAGGUUUAUCGGCUCAUCAAUCACAUCAUUUCGGUGGACUACGACAUCUUCGCACCGAGCAACCUGGCAAACUGGGAAGCCACUCUGGAGUACUUCUACAAGGGUGUAGAGCAGGUGGAACAUGAAGCUCGGUUCGCUCUGGAUCAAUGCAUCGGAGCAUUACGGUCAGCCAACUUGGGUCUUCAGUUGAUCAAGAACCUGGGUCAGAUGGAAACCCGGCAAACAUUGGCAAACCAUUUGUCAUCCAAAUACGAAAACAUUACGAAACAAUUCCUGGCGGAAGUAGGGAUGGUUGAACACGAAUUUCUGAAAAACAAAUGCCAUCCGCCACUACAACGAAACCAACCGCGUCACGUUGGUGCGGUGUUUUGGGGACGGUCCCUGCUGGCCUUCAUCCGGAAAUCCAUGUCGACUUUUCGAGAGUUUGAAAGUUUGCCUCGAAUCACCGUUGGGAAUGAAGGAGGAGGAAAUGAAAAAGCUCUUGUUCCCAUCGGUCCCGCCGCAGGAGGAGGUGAUGGACCAAACCUAGCAAAUGAAGAUAGCUUGCAAACUCGGUCAGCUUUCAGUCAGUAUAUCCAACUGGUGAUGAACAUCGAGGAAUACGAGAAGGACAACUUUCAGCAGUUUAUGACUGACGGAACGCGAACCGUAAAUAGCGUCCUGAAACGCAACAUCCUGAAGCUGGAGUUUUGUGAGCCGAUUUACGAACUGACACAACAAAAACAAACCACUCGAACCAGAAAGGAAGCAGCGAAAAGUUCUCGCAAACCUUCGCUUCUGAUGGCUGGCGCCGAUCGGAGCAAGUACGCAAACAUCGCAACCGCCGUACGGUGGCUGGUUAAUCGGUCGGAACCGCAGAAUCCCGAACUGACAUUGGCUCAGAAGCUGGUUCGAGCAUCGCGGAAUACGCCUUCACAGGGCGCUUCGACCGGUUCGGCGGGCUCUACUGGAACGGUCGCCUCUGCUAAAGAGUUCAAAAUACGCCAGGCCCAACUGUUGGUGUCAGCAGUUUCGCAAAAAAAAGUCCCCACUUGGCGCGAAGUGAUCGGCGAUUCGGUGCUCAUCGAAUACAAACUAAAGUUUGCCGUAAAUUUCUCCUACGACAUAUUCGAUACCAUCAGCGAAGGUCAGCAGUUCGAGCACAUGGGAUUCACCCUGGACCCGGCCAUUAGGACUGCCAUUAUGCGAAAGGAUCAACUGUUUACGGAUGUCGAACACGUUACCAAAAUGGUUGACGAUUACAACGAAAUAGUUCUUCGACUUGCCGCACCAGAGAUUCAUUUCCUGCGUGGUCAUCUGUACGAAGUCGAAACCAUCAUUCAAGCCGGAUUAGGCCGAUAUACUUGGCAGUCGUUUAACGUACAAGCAUACUGCGAGCAAUGCCAACAGUUUAUGAAAAGUUUAUCGUCGAUGGUAGCCCAAAUAGGCCACAUCAGCAGUGACAUAAAAUCACGAAUCGAUAAAGUGGAAUCGUUUGCGAUGUUCGAGUUUGAUGCGACGGACGGCAAAGCCGGCAAGGAUAAGCGCUCGGGUUUGGCCGAAUUCGUACUAAAAACGCCAAGUCGUUCCAAAGAUCACCCGUCCCAUCACCACCACCAUGCGCACCAUCACCAUCACUCACAUCACGCUGCUGUCGGCGCUGCCCAAACGGAAGACGACCCUAGCGAGCCGGAUGGUAGCGCGACACGGACCGCCAUCAAGCCGAAAAAACCGAAAAGAGUUUCUAUCUUGGAAAUGCCGCGAGAUGACAGAAUUAAACCUUGCCGGGAGUACUUUCGUGCUCUUGAGCUCGAGCAGAGCGCUAAAACAACCAGAUUGACGAAACUUUACGACUCGAUAGGUCCUAUUCUAAUAAAGUUGGAAAGUUUAGUUCUCGGAACGUUCACCGGUGACUGCCGUGAGAUGCGGUACUACUACAAUUACUGGGAAAAGCAGAUCUUUGCCUGUUUCACGAGAUUUGUUACUAAAAACCUAGAGAAGUUUAUGCAUGACCUACAGCAAGAGCAACCGCUCUUCGAGGUGGAUGCCACCCUGGCAGUGCCGGAAAUACUGAUGAAACCAACAGCAGGAGACGUUUAUUCCAUUGCCAUCAACUCGGUUACAGAUUUUCUGCAGAGACUGAAAUCCUUCCGCCGUUGGAUGGCCGAGACGUGCCUGCCCUGCCCAAACAGCACCGCUGGCGACGAAACGUUUACGUUUACAUUUUUCGAGGACGUCGUUCAGAUUCCAAAAGUUUGCGAUCUUGUUAUAAACUUGCAACAAACCAUUCAGAAUUUAGUGGCCGAUGUUCUGACGUACUUAAAAUGCUGGCAAAAGUACAAAAACCUGUGGAUGUACGAAAAGAUGAGCGUAUGCGAGAAGUUCCUGGCGCAGAACCUGCCCCUGGUCCGACUGGAUGAGAAGUUUAUCUUCUACACUCAGAUUGUGAAUGACCUGGAGCGGCAUCGGCCCUACCAUGACGUCAAAUCGAUUCGGAUUAAUUUGCAGCCGUUAAUUAAGAGCAUUAUCGAUCACGCUGUCGAGUGGCGGAACACGUUGGGUGAAAUCCUCUCCAACCGAACACGAAGGCAAAUGAUUGAGCUGAAUGACCACAUGCAGCACCUCCGCAAGGAACUGGAUCGCAACGUUAAGGAACUAUCGCAUUUCAAGAGUGUCAUGCAGACCAUUAACACAAUCCAGACUACGGCGCUGACGGUGGAGCUGAGAAUACAUGAAAUACAGGAGAUAUAUAACAUCCUGCAGGAGCAUCGCAUUAAGGUCCCCUUCGGUGACAUACUGAUGGCAUACCAGUUGGAGAAACGAUGGCGAAAAUUAUUCAAUUCAGCGCUAUACCGUGCAAACAUACUGCAAUCAACGAAGACAAAGUUUGCCGAGAUGACACAAACCGAGAUCAGUAUAUUCUGCUUUGAACUGAACAAAUUUGUUCAACGCUACAAGAGCGAAGGCCCAGGAACGGUCGGGCUAGAUCUGGACCGGGGAGCACAAUUGAUGAACAGCUAUGGGAAGGAGUUCGAUGCUAUGGAGAAACAACGCGUUGAACUGGAGAACGCGGAAAAACUCUUCGACAUCCCAUUAACGGAUUACAAUGAUUUUUUGCUGUGCAAGCUGGAGUACGAACAAAUGCAAGUGGUCUAUAAAAUGUACCUCAAACAAAAGGUUGCUCGCGAGAAGUGGUCCAGUACACUGUGGGCUAAUCUGAAUCCACAGGCGCUCCUUGAUGGGAUCGAAGGCUUCAUGAAGGAAUACCGCAAGCUGCCUCGUUCGGUACGUCAAACUCCAGUCGGGCAGGCACUGGAUACCAAGAUGAAGCAAUUCAAGUCGUCCAUUCCGCUAAUGCUGAGUCUCAAGGAUGAAGCCCUCCGUGAGCGGCAUUGGCAGCUGCUAAUGGACAAAACCGGUCAGCACUUCGACAUGGCUCCCGACCAGUUUACGUUGGGAAAUAUGUUUGCCAUGGAACUGCACAAAUAUCAGGACAUUGCGGAAGAAAUCAUAAAUAACGCCAUCAAGGAGCUGUCGAUCGAACGGGGCGUCCAGGAGGUGGCGGAUAUCUGGCGGGUGACGUCCUUUAUCAUCAUACCGUACGAAAGCCGUGCCGGCGAUGAACGUGGAAGCCCGGAAUAAUUCGUCCUUGGCGGUGUCGACGACAUAAUGCAAACGCUGGAGGAAAACUCAAUGAAUCUCCAAUCGAUGGCGGCUUCACAAUUUAUUGGCCCAUUCCUGCCGACGGUACAGCGGUGGGAGAAACACUUGACGCUGAUCUCCGAAAUCAUCGACGAGUGGCUUGCCGUCCAGCGGAAGUGGCUCUACCUGGAGGGAAUAUUUAUUGGCGGUGAUAUAAGUGCCCAAUUACCGGAAGAGGCGGAAAAAUUUAACAAGAUCGACGAGGAGUUUCAAGAGAUAAUGGCCAACAGUGCCGCAAAUCCGCUUGUGGUGGAUGUUUGCCUGGUACCGGGACGGCUCGAGGAUUUCCUCCGCCUGGAGUCCGAACUGGAUGGAUGUCAGAAGUCGUUGAACGAUUAUCUGGAGCACAAGAGAAUGCUGUUUCCGAGGUUCUACUUUAUCUCGACGGAGGAGCUUCUAUCCAUUCUCGGCAGCAGCGAGCCCACGUGCGUUCAGGAACACAUAAUCAAGAUGUUCGAUAACAUAAAAUCUUUACGAUUCGCUAAAGAUCGUUCCGACACGCCGAUUGUCACCGCCAUGAUAUCCGCCGAAGGGGAAGUUAUGGAUUUUGAGCAGCAUGUACCAGUUUCGGAACGCGUCGAAAGUUGGAUGACCGAUGUACUAAACGAAAUGCGUUCAACUAAUCGUUUCAUUACCAAGAAAGCUAUCUACUAUUACGGCAAGGAUAGGGAGCGUAGCAGGCCCGACUGGAUUAUGCUAUACCAGGGGAUGGUUUGCCUAGCUGCCAAUCAGGUCUGGUGGACAGCCGAAGUAGAGGAAGUAUUCGCCAAGGUGAAGAAAGGCAAUAAGCGUGCGAUGAAGGAAUACUUGGAAGCGCAAAAUCGCCAACUGGACGAUUUGGUUGUGAAAGUUAGAGCAGACCUUUCACCGAACGAUCGACUAAAGUUUAAAACCAUCGCCACUAUUGAUGUUCACGCGAGAGAUAUCAUUGAAGGAUUUGUACGGGACAGCAUCCUAGACGGUCAGGAGUUUGGAUGGGAGAGUCAACUGAGAUUCUACUGGCUCCGGGAUAUGGACAACCUGUUCGUGGUUCAAUGCACAGGCAAAUUCGAUUACGGCUACGAGUAUAUGGGACUGAAUGGACGACUUGUGAUUACGCCGCUAACGGAUCGAAUCUAUUUGACAAUCACGCAAGCGUUAACUAUGAAGCUCGGAGCAGCACCGGCUGGACCGGCUGGUACGGGUAAAACGGAAACAACGAAGGAUUUAGCGAAAGCAAUGGCCUUGCUGUGUGUUGUUACCAACUGUGGCGAAGGAAUGGAUUUUCGCGCCGUCGGAACAGUGCUAUCAGGUUUAUCCCAAUGUGGCGCUUGGGGUUGCUUUGACGAGUUUAAUCGGAUCGACAUCUCGGUGUUGAGUGUUAUCUCAACCCAGUUGCAAACCAUUCGAACCGCGUUGGUUGCCAACCAAAAAUCUUUUCUGUUCGAGGGCUACGAGAUUAAUCUGGACGCCAAGGUAGGAAUCUUCAUUACGAUGAAUCCCGGCUACGCUGGACGAACCGAGCUUCCCGAAUCGGUGAAGGCACUCUUCCGACCGGUUACUUGCAUUAUGCCGGACCUGGAGCUGAUUUGCUUGAUUUCACUGUUCUCGGACGGUUUCAUGCGUGCCAAAACGCUGGCGAAGAAAAUGACCGUACUCUACAAAUUGGCAAGAGAACAACUUUCCAAACAGUAUCACUACGACUGGGGCCUCCGUUCACUGAACGCCGUUCUGCGAAUGGCCGGCGUCAACAAACGAAAGAGUCCCGAUAUUUCAGAAACCGCUACGCUCAUGCGAACGCUGUUCGAUAUGAAUUUUCCCAAGUUCGUGUUCGACGAUGUGCCUCUAUUUAUGGGAUUAAUGAAGGAUCUAUUCCCCGGUGUUGAUUAUCCUCGUGUUGGCUAUCCGGAGUUCACAGCGGAAGUGAAAAACGUUCUCGAAACAGAUGGCUACAUUAUUCUACAAAACCAGGUGGACAAAGUAAUACAAUUAUACGAAACAAUGAUGACACGUCACUCAACCAUGAUUGUCGGACCAACAAGUGGUGGAAAAACGGUUGUAAUAAAUACACUGAUAAAAGCUCAGACCAAUAUGGGCCUACCGACCAAAUGCACCGUUCUGAACCCAAAGGCUUGCUCGGUGGUGGAACUGUACGGCUAUCUGGACCCGAACACUCGAGAUUGGAUUGAUGGUUUGUUCUCCAACAUUUUCCGUGAGAUGAACCGACCGGCUGAACGAGAUGAACGACGCUACGUGUGCUUCGAUGGGGACGUCGAUGCACUAUGGAUCGAAAACAUGAACUCCGUUAUGGACGACAACAAGCUGCUGACGUUGGCCAACGGCGAGCGAAUUCGUCUGAACAGCUACUGUGCACUACUGUUCGAAGUAGGAGACCUCGCGUUCGCCUCACCGGCAACGGUUUCCCGUGCCGGAAUGGUCUACCUAGAUCCGAAAAAUCUCGGCUAUCUGUGUUACUGGGAACGUUGGCUGCGUGAUCGCUACACGGAGGAGCAGGAAAUGCUCGGACGAAUGUUUGAAAAAAUAGUGCCAAUCGCAAUCGACUUCAUCCUGGAAGGAGUGGAUGGCAAUAAUCAAGAUGAUCCGCUGAAACUGAUAGUACCGCAGACCAACCUCAAUAUGGUAACCCAACUGUGCUACUUCUACGAUGCAAUGUUUCCGAAAAGCUCGACCAGCUGUCCGUACUCAGAAGAUGUGGUCGAAUGUGGUUUCAUUCAAUGUCUGUACGCAUCACUUGGGGCAGCCCUGCUGGAGGAAUCCCGUCCCAGGUUCGAUACCUUUGUCAAGCAAAAUCUGGAGAUGAUCUUGUUCGAAGACAGUGUGAAUGCACCCGCAAAAGUUGGACAGCUUCCGUCACUGAAACCAACUCUCUAUGAUUACUUCUUCGAUCAGGAAAAGCAUGUGUGGAUUGCAUGGGAAUGGAUAGUUCCUAAGUACGUUCACGAUCGACAAAUGACUUAUAGUGAAAUUUUGGUCCCGACAGUGGAAACACUCCAAGCGGAGUGGAUUCUGAGAUGUAUGAAUGAUAUUCGACAUCCCAUCUUGCUGGUGGGUGACACCGGAACCUCCAAAACGGCCGUAAUUUCGGAUUUUCUAAGACAUCUCCACCGAGACACAUACAUUCUUCUGAACAUCAACUUUUCCUCGCGAACGUCCUCAAUGGAUGUGCAAAAAACCAUAGAGGCGGCAGUGGACAAACGAACGAAGGAUACUUUCGGACCUCCGGUUGGCAAGAAACUCGUAACGUUCAUCGAUGACAUGAACAUGCCCCAGGUAGACGAAUACGGUACCCAACAGCCGAUUGCGCUACUCAAACUACUGUUCGAACGCGAAGGAAUGUAUGACCGCAGCAAGGAUCUUAACUGGAAAAAGUUUCGUGAUAUGUCCUUCAUCGCUGCAAUGGGUCGUGCAGGUAGUGGACGGAACGACGUUGAUCCUCGUUUUAUUUCAAUGUUUUCGGUUUGCAAUAUUGUUUUCCCCAGCGAUGAAACGUUGCUGCACAUUUACAGUUCCAUUUUGGCGGGACAUCUGGAAACAUUCCCGCAAGAGCUGCGCUCUGCGGCAAACAUCAUCGUUCAUAUGACACUGAACUUGUUCAAAGUUUUGGUUGUGAAACUACCUCCAACACCGUCCAAAUUUCAUUACAUCUUCAACCUGAAGGAUCUUUCGCGAAUCUACGCAGGCAUGCUGCAGAUUGAUCCAAACUAUUUCAAGGAAUUUAGACAUCUCAUUCGAGUUUGGCGCAACGAAUUUACGCGAGUUAUUUGCGACCGGUUAAUCAACGCACAAGACCAGCAAUUGAUGGCGGAUCAUAUAGCAGAGGAAAUUCACGAAAAUUUCCCCCCACCAAAACCGGUAGCACGAAAGACCAUAAUGCUAGAACGGAUUGAAGACGCACGGAGUGUCUCGAAAGUGCAAGAAUUGCCUACAGCCGAGUAUGUGCUGCGAGAUCCGCUACUGUUUGGCGACUACCGGAAUGCUGUCAAUUUGGCCGAAACACGAUAUUACGAAGAUUUGCUCGAUUAUGAAGCAAUUUAUUUCCUCUUCCAGGAAAUCUUGCUAGAGUACAACGAACAGAAACCCAAAAUGAAUCUGGUGCUUUUCGAAGAUUGUCUCGAACAUCUCACUCGAGUACAUCGAGCUCUGCGGAUGAAUCGUGGUCAUGUUAUGUUGGUCGGUGUCGGUGGGUCCGGAAAGCAGUGCAUCGCAAAGUUGGCCGCUUUCACUGCAGAAUGUCAAGUCUUUCAAAUCGUACUGAGUCGUGGCUACAACGAGGCAUCCUUUCGGGAAGAUUUAAAGCAGUUGUUUGUCGAAGUGGGCGUUAAAAACCAAAAAACUUGCUUCAUUUUCCGAGCUGCUCAGAUUGCGGAAGAAGGAUUUCUGGAGUUCAUAAAUAAUAUUUUAACUACUGGAAUGGUGCCAGCGCUGUUUACUGACGAGGAGAAGGAUACGAUAAUUGGCCAGUGCCGUGGAGCCGCGAAGGAGCACGGUUUCGCUAUUACUAAGGAUGGCGUCUGGGCGUACUUCCUAGACAGGUCGGUAAAAAAUUUGCAUGUCAUCCUUUGUAUGUCGCCAGAAGGGGAUGCUCUUCGGAAUCGAUGUCGCAACUUUCCGGGACUGGUUGGCAGCACAACCAUCGAUUGGGUGUUCCCCUGGCCGGAGCAGGCUCUGUACGCGGUGGCCAAAGUAUUCCUAGCCGAUCAUGCCAAGAUCCCGGACACACACCGCGAGCCAAUAAUCGCACACAUAGUUCACGUCCAUCAAUCACUCAAACAUUACACUCAGCAAUUUCUAUUGAAGUUGCGUCGGAAAAAUUUCGUUACACCAAAACACUACUUGGACUACAUCAAUACAUAUCUCAAGUUAAUCGAGGAGAAAGAUAAUUUCAUCAUGCAACAGUGCUCCCGAUUAUCGGAUGGAAUCGAGAAAAUUAAUGAAGCCUCCCUUCAGAUCGACCAGUUGAGUAUCAUCGUGGAGGAACAGCGAAAGAAUGUCGUCGAAGCGGCCCUAAGAUGCGAGCAAAUGCUGGUCGGAAUCGAGACGUCCACCGAGAAAGCCAAUUCGAAAAAAGCUGAAGCGUCGGAAAAGUCCGUCGAAGUGGAGCAACAGAAGAAGAUCAUAACGGUUGAGAAGGCGGAAGCCGAGGAGGCGCUUGCCGCUGCCCUGCCGGCACUGGAGAUAGCUCGACUUGCACUUUCUGAUCUAGACAAAUCAGACAUCACCGAGAUUCGCAGCUUCGCUACCCCUCCGGAACCGGUGCAGGUGGUGUGCGAAUGUGUUGCCAUCAUCAAAGGCUUUAAGGAAAUUUCCUGGAAAACCGCUAAGGGAAUGAUGUCUGAAGCAAACUUCCUUCGCAGUUUGCAAGAGUUGGACUGUGAUCAAAUCACCCAAAAACAGGUGGCCAAUGUGAGAGCCCACAUGAAGAAAUCACAAAAACUGGACGACAUGAAAACCAUUUCGAAGGCCGGCUUUGGGCUGCUAAAAUUUGUGCGGGCUGUGCUCGGUUAUUGCGAUGUUUACCGUGAGGUGAAGCCGAAGAAGGAUCGAGUAGCGUUCCUGGAAGCCGAAUUGGACGGACAAAUUCGGCUGUUAAACAAGUUAACUAAAGAAAUCAACAAGCUUGAGAGCGAGUUGAGCGAACUCAACAAUCAGUAUGCGACAGCAAUCAAAGAAAAACAAAUGCUUCAGGAGAUGAUGGAGCAAGCGGAGCGAAGGUUACUCGCGGCUGACAAGCUGAUUUCCGGAUUAAGCUCCGAAAGAGACAGAUGGAGAAUCGAUCUGAAAAAUUUGCAACAAGACAAAACCAAAGUGGAUGGGACCUGUCUUCUAUCAGCUUCCUUUCUUGCCUACACAGGACCUUUUUCGUGGGAGUUUCGUAACUCGAUAGUGUUUGACGAUUGGCUUCCGGAUGUGCAAGAAAAACAAAUUCCGUACGUUGAGCCGUUCCGUAUUUAUUCUAGUCUGAGCAGUGAUUUGGAAAUGGCAACCUGGGCUUCCGAGGGGCUUCCUCCGGAUGAAUUAUCCGUCCAGAAUGGCAUACUGACGAUCCGUGCUUCCCGGUUCCCGUUGUGCAUCGAUCCACAGCAACAGGCCCUGAUGUGGAUCAAAAAGCGCGAAGCAGCGAAUAAUCUGAAAAUAUUGAAUUUCAACGAUAAGGAUUUUCUUAGGCAUUUGGAAAUGGCUAUUAAAUAUGGCACCCCCGUCCUGUUUCAGGAUGUGGACGACUACAUAGACCCAGUAAUCGAUAACAUUUUGGAAAAGAAUAUUAAAAGUCAAGGGGGUCGUCAAUUUGUACUACUAGGAGACAAAGAAGUAGAUGUGGACUCCAACUUCCGCAUGUAUUUAACUACAAAGCUAACAAAUCCGAACUUCGAUCCAGCCGUGUACGCCAAAGCUCUGAUCAUCAACUAUAUGGUAACGAUGAGCGGAUUGGAAGACCAACUUCUAAGUGUAGUGGUCCGAGCUGAACGUCCGGAUCUGGAAGAACGUCGCGAAUGUCUGAUCGCUGAAACCAGUGCCAAUAAGGUGCUGCUGAAGAACUUAGAAGAUUCUCUGCUACGGGAGCUGGCUACAUCGACAGGUAAUAUGCUUGAUAACGUAGAACUGGUCAAUACGCUGGAAAACACCAAAGAAAAAGCAAGCGAAGUGUCGCAAAAAAUAAAACUCGCAGAGGAGACUUCUGCUGAUAUUGAACAACUUCGUAAUGGAUACCGGUUGGCCGCCCAACGUGGAGCGAUUCUAUAUUUUGUACUCUCGGAAAUGUCAAUCGUGAACCCAAUGUACCAGUAUUCGUUGAAUUCAUACCUGGAAGUGUUCGUCUAUUCCUUACGUAAAGCCGUUCCGGAUAAUAUCCUCUCAAGACGGCUGGACAAUAUCAUAGUAACUCUCACGCGUAACGUUUACGAGUACGGCUGCAUCGGGUUCUUCGAAAGGCACAAACUACUGUUCAGCUUUCAGCUGACGGUAAAGUUGGAACAAAGCCGUGGUCUCCUUACGCAAGCGGAAGUGGAUUUCUUCAUCAAGGGAAACAUUUCUUUGGAGAAAUCCGAACGAGCCUGUCCGGCACGAUGGAUCAGUGACAAAGGUUGGCAGGAUGUACUUUUGCUGGCGGAUCUCUUCCCUGAUAAAUUCGGUUCGCUGCCUGGACAUAUCGAGCGUAAUAUUGCCGAGUGGACAAGUUGGUAUGACGUUGACGAUACCGAAGGUACCGAUUAUCCUGGAAACUUCGGUGAUUCCAUGACCGUAUACGAUCACCUCAUGUUGAUGCGCUGCUUUCGGGUAGACCGCGUCUACCGGCUGAUCAACAACUUUGUAUCCACAAUCAUGGGUGAGGAGUUCAUCACACCUCCAAUUCUUAGCUUCGAUUCGAUUUUCGAGCAAUCUUCUGCGCUCACACCGGUGGUGUUUAUUCUCAGUCCGGGGUCUGAUCCCACCAAUGAUCUAAUGAAGCUAUCCGAUCGGUGCGGUUUCGGUGGAACGAAGUUCAAGCACAUUUCGCUCGGACAGGGACAGGAGCAGAAGGCACUCUCCCUACUGCAUCUUGCUCUCGAGCAAGGCCUGUGGCUGAUGCUGCAAAAUGGUCACCUUCUACUGAGCUUCAUCAAGACGCUGGAAAAGUUGCUAGAUGGAGUCGAGAAACCCCAUCCGGACUUCCGGCUGUGGAUAACGACCGAGGCUACUGGGUCCUUUCCCAUCGGAAUCCUGCAGAAGUCGCUGAAAGUCGUUACGGAACCGCCAAACGGACUAAAAAUGAAUCUCCGGGCCACCUUCUUUAAGCUGCGACAGCAAACACUUGAUGCGUGCAACCAUCCGGCAUUCAAGCCAUUAGCAUACGUUCUGGCGUUCUUCCACGCCGUACUGCAGGAACGAAGAAAAUAUGGUAAAUUGGGCUGGAACAUCAGUUACGAUUUUAAUGAGUCCGACUUCAGCGUCUGUCUCCAAAUAAUGGAUACCUACCUAACAAAGGCACUCAGUCUCAACGAUACCCGUCUGCCGUGGAACAGUUUGAAAUAUCUGAUCGGGGAGGUUAUGUACGGUGGUAGGGUGAUUGAUGACUUUGACCGCCGGGUCGUUAAAACGUACAUGGACGAAUAUAUGGGCGAUUUUUUGUUCGACACCUUCCAGCCAUUCCAUUUCUACCAGGACGAUUCAGUGGAUUACAAGAUCUUCGAAGUUAGCUCACGGGACGAGUUCAUAGCUUCCAUUGAAAAACUGCCGCUGACCAACACACCGGAAGUGUUUGGUUUGCACUCGAAUGCUGAGAUUGGCUAUUACACAAUUGCCGUGCGUGAAAUGUGGACCUAUCUGAUCGAUCUACAACCGCAAACGAGCACCGAAACCGGUGGCAUUAGCCGUGAUGAGCAAAUCGACAAGGUUGCAGUGGAUAUUCUGAAAAAGCUGCCGAAACCAUUCGAGAUUUGGCGCGUGAAAAAACAGUACCAAAUCAACAUAACGCCGGUGUGCGUGGUGUUGCUCCAGGAACUGGAGCGUUUCAAUCGGCUGUUGAACCGAAUGGAACGGACACUGCAGCAGCUUCGCAAAGCUCUGGCCGGCGAAAUCGGGAUGGAUGCCAUCCUGGACGGCAUCGCCAUUGCACUGUUCAACGGGCAGCUACCGGACGAUUGGCGCAAUCUAGCACCGGCCACCUGCAAGCAGCUUGGGGAUUGGAUCGAACAUUUGCUGAGGAGAAACCAGCAGUAUAAAUAUUGGUCAGUAUCUGGUGAGCCACUGGUGAUGUGGUUGUCGGGACUCCACAUACCGGAAAGUUAUUUAACCGCAUUAGUUCAGGUUGCCUGCCGCAAAAACAAUUGGCCUCUGGAUCGGUCGACACUGUUCACAUCGGUUACGAGAUUUCUGAGGGAAGACGAAAUCGAGGAACGGCCCGAUGCGGGCUGCUACGUGACCGGGCUGUACCUGGAAGGCGCCCGCUGGGAUCCGGCCAAUCGCUGCCUAGCACGUUCGAUACCGAAGGUACUGGUGGAACCACUGCCGGUGCUAUCCGUGGUCCCGAUCGAGGCACAUCGUCUGAAACUCCAAAACACAUUCCGCACACCUGUCUACACGACGUCCCAACGGCGCAACGCAAUGGGAAUUGGGCUAGUGUUCGAGGCAGACCUGUUUACCGAGGAGCACACCAGCUACUGGGUCCUGCAGGGCGUUUGUCUGAUCAUGAACACAGACUGA